AUGGCACACAACCCAGCCACCUCAUUCGUCGACUGGGAUCGCUCCGAUAAAUAUCACAAUUCUUAUCUGCUACAAAAGGAUGACAGUCUUGAAGCCAACAUCAAGAACAGUAUCGCGAAAGGGUUACCAGAUGUAGCCAUCAGCGCUGCACAAGGACAGUUCUUGAAUCUUUUGGCGAAGACAAUCGGCGCAAAGAGGAUCCUGGAGGUCGGGACACUUGAAGGUUAUUCAGCCACAUGGCUUGCGAGGGCUCUUCCUGAAGGAGGAGAGUUGGUCACUUUUGAACUGAAAGAACUCCAUGCGCAGGUUGCAACGGAAAAUCUCAUCAACUCCGGGGUAGCCUUCAAGGUCACGAUUGUCGUUGGACCUGCUUCGGAGUCUUUAGCAAAGACUCCGUCUGAGCCCAAGUUCGAUCUCGCCUUCAUCGAUGCGGACAAGGCCUCAAUAUUGCAGUAUUUCACUGAGGCCAAGCAUCUUGUACGACCGGGCGGUAUUGUAGAUAACGUCGUCCGCAAUGGAAGAGUAGCGGAUCCGUCUUACUCGGAUGAGAGUGUGGAAGGUGUGCGGAAACUGCUUGCUGUUUUACCUGGCGAUAACGAGGUGGAGGCGAUUACGAUGGGAACUGUCGGGGAGAAAAGCUAUGAUGGGUUUUUGUACGCAAUCAGGAAGUGA